AGAUUUGGUAAAUACACAGAUGCAAUUUAUACUCUCAAGAAUUCCCAGCAUUUCGAAUUCAUAACAUUUCAAGAUUCAAUUUUUAGCCCACCGCCACUCACUGAUUAGUGCUGUUCGAAAACAUCACUUCUCCACAAAGAUUCCAUUUUUUCUUUCCAAAAUUUUGUAUUUUAAGGUUCCCUGUUUCAGUUUUACUUGCAUUUGAAGCUGCCCACCUCAGAUCCAUGAUUAGGUAGGCAGCCCACAUCAAAGAAGGGUGUCAGCAGGUGAUGUUUAGUCCACGUGUGGAAUAAUGUCAAGAAUAUCAAAGUGGAAGCUUGAGAAGACGAAAGUAAAAGUUGUCUUUCGCCUCCAAUUUCAUGCCACACAUAUUCCACAGACCGGAUGGGAAAAGUUGUUUAUAACGUUCAUCCCUGCUGAUACAGGAAAGCCAACAGCUAAGACGACCAAAGCAAAUGUAAGAAACGGAAGUUGUAAAUGGGGCGAUCCUAUUUAUGAAACUACUAGGCUUCUUCAAGAUUCCAAAAGCAAACAAUACGAUGAGAAGCUCUACAAGCUCGUUGUUGCCAUGGGAUCCUCACGUGCUAGCGUACUUGGUGAGGCUACUAUCAACCUUGCUGAUUACGUCGAUGCAUCCAAGCCUAUCGUUGGCGCAUUUCCUCUUCACGGCUGCAACUUCGGAACUGUUUUACAUAUCACCGUCCAGCUUCUGACGUCAAAGACCGGAUUCAGGGAGUUCGAGCAGCAGAGAGAACUCAGAGAAAAAGGAUUAGAAUCGGGGGCUGAUCACCAUGGUGAUGGAGUCAUCAAUGAUCAGAUGGAUAAGGUUAGUGCCAGGCUGAAAUUUAAAGGGGAUGCCAGCGAGCUCUCUUCACUCGAAGAGGAGGCGAUUGAUGGCUCCUCAAACACUUCAGGCAGUUUGUAUGCAGAGAAGCAGGAGACGUCUUUCACAAGCGAGCUCGAUGCAGCCAAAUGUACGACAUCCGGUGGUCCACAUGAGCUUUCUCCACAUACAGCAAAAGAAGAUAAUGAACUUGCAAUGGCUUGUCUGGAGAACAGUCGACUUAGAGGCAGCUUGGAAUCGGCUGAAUCGUCUCUGUUCAACCUCAAGCUGGAAGUCAGUUCGUUGCAAGGCGUGGCAGAUGAGUUGGGAGCUGAAACGCAGAAGCUUUCGCACGAGCUCACCACUGAGAUAUCUUCAGCCGAAGAAUUGGCAAAGGAAGUCUUGUCCAUGAAAUCGGAAUGCCUGAAGUUUAAGGAUGAUAUCGCCCAGCUUAAAGAUUUGAAACUAAGCCCUCAAAUUCCUCUAGUGGAAGCUCGGGAUGAUCGGGUCGAUGACGUCGUUCGGGAUAUGCGGCUUCAGUUUUCGAAAGGGAUUUCUAUAGUCCAAGGAAAGAUAAGAGAACUUCAGAAGAAAACAUACGACGGAGACACUAAUUUCAUUCACCAAGAGCUGGAGACAUUGCUUGAUUUUCUGCUCGAUUUCAACCUUGGUAACGGUGAAGUGACGAAUAUCAGAGAAACGAGCCAGCAGUUUGAGUCCGGAAACGGGUUUGGUUUGGAUUUGUGUCCACCUGAAAGUGUUCUUCAGCAUUUCAGUUCGAGCCCUCCGGUGUCCGAUGUAGUUAACCCUCUCGGACCUAUUGAUGCAAUGAAGGCUCAAAUUUAUGAUCUCGUAAGGGAGUUGGAUGAGGCGAAAGUCGAGAAAGAAGGCCUCACAAGAAAAAUGAAUCAAAUGGAACUGUACUACGAAGCCCUUAUUCACGAGCUCGAGGUUAACCAGAAACGUCUGCUGGAAGAGCUGCAGCUCCUGAGAAACGAGCAUACAACGUGCUUGUACGCGCUUUCUGUCAGCAAAACUGAAGUGGAAUCGCUUCGUGAAGAAACAAAUCAGCAGAUGCUACGAUUUGUCGAUGAGAGGCGUGGUUUAGAGGCCGUUAAUGAGGAGCUCGAGAGAAGGGCGACAACUUCAGAAGCUGCACUUAGAAGAGCCCGCCUAAAUUACUCGAUUGCAGUGGAUAAACUGCAAAAGGAUCUUGAGCUGCUUUCUUCACAGGUUACAUCGAUGUUUGAGGCUAACGAAAGCCUUAUAAAGCAGGCUUUACCUUCCCAACCGGAUUUACAAGUUGAAGAUGACGAUACCACAAAAUUAGCUUACAAUCAACUUCCAGGUUCGAAGAAAAGAUCUGCGGGUGGAGAUAUUCUCUUAGAAGACUUGAAGAGAUCCGUCUCGAUGCAGGAAGAUCUUUAUCGGAAGGUUGAGGAAGAACUCGGUGAAAUGCAUUCAAUGAACUUGAACUUGGAUAUAUACUCGAAAGCUUUGGAACAAUCAUUGUGUGAGAAAACGAGUGAGCUAGUGGAGGAGUUGAAAAGCUCGACCGCUUCUCAAAAUCAUCUUAUGUUACAGCUGCAGAAGGCUACUGAUGAGAUACACGAGCUCAACGAGUUUAAAUCGAGCAGCAUUUCCCAGUGUAGUGAAAUGGCUCUGCGGAACCAGCUUUUAGAAGAUAAAUUGGCGAGCAUUUCGGAGGAAAAUUAUCUUCUCGCUGAGAAGCUGAUCGAAUUGGAAAGCACGUUUUCAGAACUCAAAAACUGCCAAAGCAAACUUGCAGCUUGUUUGUCCGAGAAUGCUGAGCUGUCGUUUCAACUAAAGCAAGAAGCAUUUGAAAACGAGAGACUUAAAGCCGAAGUAGAUGAAUUGGUUUCUUCAAAAAGGUAUCUUGAGGAGAGUGUUGGGUUCGUGCAAGAUAAGUUGGCCAAUCUGUCGAUAUCGUACAAUAAGCAGUUCGGUAUGUUGGCUGGUUCCCGAAGUCUCGACAUGGAGAAUGGGGAUGUAAAAGAUGCCGUGCUGCAGAUCGAAGAAAUCCAGCAUAGCGUGUCAAUGAAAAAUAUCCAGUUGAUGGAAGAGAAUGAGUACCUAAAAAGCGAGAAAGCCUCUGCCGACAUGUCCUUGAGCUCUGUGAGAUCCGAGAUUCUGUUGUUGAAGCAGAAGUUCAAAAGUGGCAUACCAGAUAUGGUGAUGAAACUAGAUGUCUCCAAUGCCCUCGUGGACAGGCUUCGAGCUGGAAUCGAAUCGGUGGCUAACAAGCUCGACUUAAGUUGUGAAAUCGAUGAGAGAUAUGCCGAGCAGAAUGAAGUGCUUUUAGCAGAUCUUGCUCUUUUCGAGGAUCAGAUGCAAAAACUGACGUGCAGUAACGGUCACCUCGCUCGAGAGAUUUCGAACUUGGACUCUCUGGCGGAAGAAAUCGGGAGGAGUCAGCUAGAGAUUGCUGAGCUGAUGCAUGACAAGCAAGAACUUGCUGUGCGGUUAAAGGAGAAAACCGAUGAAUCUAUGAAGUUUUCAUGUGAGGUUAAUUCUCUGAAAGAAGAUUUGAGAAGCUUGCGCGAUAAGUUGCACGAUGGAGAAGCCUCGACAGAUGAACUUGAGCGGAAAGUUCAAUAUCUUACUCUUUGUUUGAGCAAGGAGCAGGAAAAACUGGUGGAGUUUGAGCAACAGAAAGGUGAACUGGAACAGAAAGUGCAAGAUCUCAGUCUUGGAUCGAGUGAGGAUCAGGAAAAACUGCUAGAGUUCGAGCAGCAGAAAGUUGAACUGGAUCAAAAAGUUCUAGAUCUUACUCUUUCUUUGAGCAAGGCCGAGGAAGAUGGGCUAGUGCUCGAGCAGCAGAAAGCUGAACUGGAACGUAAAGUUCGAGAUCUUAUGAUUUGUUCGAGCAAGGAUAAGGAAGAACGGAUGGAGUUUGAGCAGCAGAAAGCUGAAAUGGAACGAAAAGUUCAAGAUCUUACUCUUUGUUUGAGCAAUGAAAGGGAAAAACUGCUAGAGUUUGAGCAGCAGAAAGCUGAACUGCAACGAGAAGUUCAAGACCGUACUCUUUGUUUGAGCAGGGAUCAGGAAAAACAGCUACAGAUUGACAAGCAGAAAGCUGAGCUGGAACAAAAAGUUGAAGAUCUUACUCUUUGUUCGAGUAAGGAUAAGGUUCAACUGCUAGAGUUCGAGCAGCAGAAAGCUGAACUGGAACGAGAAGUUCAAGAUCUUACACUUUGUUUGGCCAAGGUUCGCGAAGAAGGGGUAGAGUUCGAGCACCAGAAAGCUGAUCUGGAACGAAAAGUUCAGGAUCUCAUUCUUUGUUCGAGCAAGGAUCAGGAAAAACUGCUAGCGUUUGAGCAGCAGAAAGCUGAACUGGAACGAGAAGUUCAAGAUCUUACUCUUUGUUUGGGCAAGGUUCGGGAAGAAGGGGUAGAGCUCGAGCACCAGAAAGCUGAUCUGGAACGAAAAGUUCAAGAUUUUACUCUUGGUUUUAGCAAGGAUCAGGAAAAACAACGGGAGUUCGAUGAGCAGAAAGCUGAACUUGAACGAAAAGUUCGAGAUCUUGGUCUUAGUUCGAGCAAGGAUCAGGGAAAAGUGAUAGAGCUCGAGCGGCAGAUAGCUGAACUCGUGCACAUUAGGGAGCGAGCAUCACAUCUUGAAUUGGAGAAAUCAAAACUUGCUCAUCUUGUGGAAGAACUAAAGAAAAAUAGUUCGUGGCAAGCUAGUCUCGAAAGUCAGUUGUUGGAUAUGCAUGAUUACACACUUGCUGCAGACAUUAAACUUACUUAUAUGUCAAACAAAUACGAGACCGUAUUGGAGGAACUGCAGAGACUUGCAUCAUCGGAGGUGUGUCUGAGGGAUCUUCAGGAAAGGUAUCACAAUAUCGAGUCAAUGUUGAAUCAUAGUCAUGCAGGUGAAGCUGACCGGAGACAAGAGAAAGAUAGCUUGCUGGCAAAUCUCGAAAGCUUAAGAUCUGAUUUAGCAGCCUCCGAAGCUCAAAAUAAGCUUCUUUCUGAAUCAAAUGAUGAGAUGAAGGAUCAGCUCGAGGAGACCAAAUAUGAACUGACACGAUUUCAGAAAACAGUUGCAGCCACCGAGGAGGAAAUGAGUGAUUUGAUUCUUUUGAAAGAUGAAUUGGAAGUUAUGUUAAUUGUGCUCAAAGGCAAAGUUGAUGAACAGACUGCGCGUAUAUCUUUGCUCGAGGGCUUAAAAGAGGAACUGGUGACACUCCGCUCCCAGUUUAACGAGCUUUCGCAUAAGCUUGCCGAACAGGUUUUGAAGACGGAGGAAUUCAAGAACUUAUCUACUCAUUUGAAGGAGCUCAAAGACAAGGCUGAAGCCGAAUGCGCUGCAGCUCGGGAGAAGAGAGAGAAUGAAGUCCCAGCGGCAUCUACGAUGCAAGACUCCUUGAGAGUCGCGUUCAUCAAAGAACAAUACGAAACCAAAAACCAAGAAUUGAAGCAGCAGCUCUCUAUGUCGAAGAAGCACGGGGAAGAGAUACUUAUGAGGCUACAAGAUGCAAUUGAUGAAAUUGAGACCAGGAAGAAGUCCGAGGCUGUGAGCUUGAAGAAGAACGAAGAGCUCUCGACUAGACUCUCAGCAUUGGAAGCAGAGCUGCUGUCGGUGAUCUCGGAAAAGCGUGAAAAGAGCAACGCCUAUGACAGGACAAAGGCCGAACUGGAAUGUGCUCUACUAAGCCUAGAAUGCUGCAAGGAGGAAAAGGAAAAGCUCGGUGCUUCGUUGCUAGAAUUCGAGGCUCAAAAAUCUCAUCUGGCCGAUGAACUCGCAUUGAUGAAGGUACAGUUGGAGGAUACGAAAUCUUUAACGAAUUUAGAAAAGAUCGAAUAUGGCUCUGAGCUGGAAGUAGAGCUUGCCCGAAACGGGUCAACAGGAGAUGCUUCCCCUGUUUGCUCGAAACAAGAUGAUCGGGAAAGUUCAGCUCCAACUGAGCCUGUCUUAACCCCUGACAGUGGAAGUCCAGACUCGAGCGGACGUGCUCAGUUGCAAACAUUUCAGGAUGCUGCUCCGUACAUGCUGAGCAACGGGAAGACUUCAGAUGGCAACGGCGAUCAUUUGGGAGCGCAAAGAUUGAGAUCUAGCUUCGAGCAUUUGCACGAAGAGCUGGAGAAGAUGAAAAACGAAAACGCAGUCUUCAACAAUGGCGAUGAUCAAGAUACCCAAAGAGAAAUCAUGCAACUGCAUAAGGCAAAUGAAGAGCUCAGAAGCAUGUUUCCUCUGUUCGACGAGAUUUCAAGUGGUGGGAACACGUUGGAUCGGGUUCUUGCAUUGGAAAUCGAGCUUGCUGAAGCCUUGAAGUCGAAGAAUAAACCAAACAUCCAGUUCCAGAGCUCGUUCUUGAAACAGCACAGCGACGAGGAGGCAGUGUUCAAGAGCUUCCGAGACAUCAAUCAACUCAUCAAGGAGAUGCUGGAGCUCAAGGGUCGACACGUCGCUGUCGAGGCCGAGCUACGAGAGAUGCACGACCGCUACUCCCAACUGAGCCUCCAGUUCGCGGAGGUCGAAGGCGAGCGGCAGAAGCUCAGGAUGACGCUGAAGAACAUCAGAGCCUCCAAGAGGCUAGGGCCGUUGGAGCGGGCAUCGUCAAUGGACCAUCCUCCUCCUUCAUAGGCAUGAAGUUUUAAGUCGUUUCUCCUGCUGUUUUUUUUUCCCAUCGGGUCGUGCAUCACUUGCGCCCCUCCGUGCAUACAAAGCUGAACAAGUUGAUGACCCGAUGUCGUCGGCCGCCGAGCCUCGACGAGCGAGGCAGCAGUGUAAAUAGCUAUUGCAGUGGCAAAUGAGACUUUGCAUAGAUGUUUUGUAGUUUUGUCUUAAUUUAUAUGCAACUUUUGAAUCCAUUUUGCCCCUUUUUGUGUUGUAAUUAGAUAAUGUAUAGAAAUGACUAAUUCAUAUUUAACCCUUUGAUGAACU